AGACAAACUAACAUCAAAAGCUCUCUUGGAAGAAAGUCCAUUCAUUGCUUCACAGUUUCCAGCAAUUUUCCAGAUAAGCAAACAAAUUCCCCCUCUCUGCCUCUCUCUCUCUCUCUCUAAAAACCUCUCCUUGUUUCUCUCUCUACAGAUAUAUUCUAGGGUUUCUCAUUCUACCGAUUCAACCAAGGCCAACGACGUUUCACACGCUACAUAUACAUACAUCUAUAUCUAUAUACCUAUAUAUUCGAUCAACAACCGAAACGUAAGAUUCACGCUAUUCAAUUCAAUGAAGUUCCAUUUCUUACACAUUAGUCUUCUUCUCCAAUCCCAGACUCUGUUCCAGUUAUGAGAUGUACUGUGUAGUUUUGGAUGCUAAAAGGGUUUUUUAGGAUUCUGUGAAGGAGAAAAAUGAGUGCUGGGCUUUUAGAAAUUCAACCCCGAGAACUCAAGUUCAUAUUUGAAUUGAAGAAGCAAUCCUCUUGCUCUGUUCGACUAGUCAAUAAAUCCCACGACCAUGUUGCUUUCAAGAUUAAAACUACAUCUCCGAAGAAGUAUUGCGUGCGACCGAAUACUGGCGUUAUUAAGCCAAAAUCAGCUUGUGAUUUCACUGUUACAAUGCAAGCGCAAAAGUUAGCUCCUCCUGACAUGAUAUGCAAAGACAGGUUUUUAGUUCAGAGCACAGUUGUUCCUGCAGGAACAACAGAUGAGGAUGUUGAUCCUGGCAUGUUUGCCAAAGAUUGUGGCAGAUACGUUGAAGAGAACAAGAUGAGAGUGAUCCUUGUCAGCCCCCCCAAUUCUCCAGUACUAUCACCAAUCAAUGGAACAUUGAAACACGUGCCAGCUUAUGAAGAUUCAAUACUGAAAGAUCAAGUACUGAGGAAACUUGAAAGCUUUACUCCACGUCACACAGUUACUAAGGAUGUGGAAGCCAAAAUGGAAAACAGUAAGGAGGUAAAGCCAGCAAAGGGUGUGGUGUAUAAAACAAUGAAGGAUAUGGAGGAGCCAGCAAAGGAUGUAGAGUAUAAAACAAUGAAGGAUGUGGAGGACCAAGCAAAGGAUGUAGAUUAUAAAACAUUGAAGGAUAUGGAGGAGCCAGCAAAGCAUGUAGAGUAUAAAACAAGGAAGGAUGUGCAGGAGCAACCAAAGGAUGUGGAUUACAAAAUAAUGGAAGAUGUGGGUGAGCAGGUGAAGGAUGCAGAUUAUAUAGCAAUGAAUGAUGUGGAGGAGCAAGCUAAGGAUGUGGAUUGUAAAACAAUGAAGGAUGAUCAGGAGCCUGCAAAGGUAGUACAGUCUAAAACAAUGAAAGAUGAGGAGGAGCCUGCAAAGGAAGUAGAGUAUAAACCAAUGAAGGGUGUGGAGGAGCUGCAGUUAGUUAAAGAUAUUGAGGAUAUGAAGUCAAAACUUAAUGAACUUGAAUCAAAGCUAAGUGAGGCUGAAGUUACCAUUUCAAAGCUAACAGAGGAGAGGAGAUGGAUUGCUCGAGAGGGGGAAAGCUUUCGACAAGAAUUGGCUUUGUUGAGAAGUAAGAGAGGAGCAAUUGAAGUUCAGGUGGGAUUUCCUUUCCUGUUUGUUUGUAUGGUGUCACUCAUCAGUGUCAUGCUUGGAUACCUUCUAAACCGCUGAGAUAGAAAAGAAUCACAAGUAUGAAGAAGACAUUAUGGUAGAUUCAUUAUAUAAUGCCUGUAUGCUAGAAAUUUUUGUUGCAAGUGUAACAACCCUGUUCUCCAAAUCUGAAUAGAAGAGUGAAACAUGUUACUAUCUGUAUUAAGCCAAGUCACGUGAAUUGUGGAUAUGGUUUAUGUACAUAUCAAUAAAAAAAUGAAUAAUACCUAUAUAAAAAAUAAAUAAAUGAAUAAUAGAAAACUUCUACAAAA